UCUCAAGCGCAUCACACGUCGCUAAUCAAAAGACAAGUUGUCACAAAUCUCUUUAACUCGCUUCCGUAUACAAUGCAUCAAAAUGUCGCUUCGUGAUCACAUCAACACAUCCGAAGUGGCCGCGCUUUUCUUCGAGCCUAAUCAUCCCAAGAGAUUCUUCAAGUACAGUUGACCGAAACUCAUCUCCGUUGAGAUCUUACUACUACGAUCUGGUAACGGAAAGUGAUAUUGAACUUUUAAACUUUUUCACUUGUUAAUUUCGCUUAAUAAUGUUUUUGUAAUUGACUCGCUAUUCGCUGCAAUUUAUACCCUCAAAGUGUAAUUAAUAUCAACAAUAGUCUAUUUAAAAAAAAUCUUCGCUGAAAAUUUAACAAAAUGUUGGAGAAGCCGAAAUAUACUCGUAUUCAGUCGUACGGGAGUAUGACGUCAUCGAGAAGUGAUGACGACAUGACUGUGCACAGCCAACUGUUCCCGUACCCUAAGAAGAUGGUAGUAGAGAGAGAGAUUCUGUACGAAGAGGAGCAUCCCCCAUUCCAGCCGCUGUUCGCUACAACCAGGAUCUUUGGGAAGGCGAGAUUUACAUGUCUAAUGGCGCUGUACCUCUGCUUCUACGUGUUUUAUCUAAUCGCAGGCGCUAUAGUAUUCUCUUCAUUGGAAUAUCCCUUCGAGAACGACAUCCGCGUGAGCGUGUUCCGCGCCAAACAUGACUUCAUGGCCCGCAACCCUACCGUCUUAGAGGGUGAUCUGGAGGCGCUGCUGGAUGAAGUGAUCAAAGCGAGCAACCGCGGCGUGUCGGCCUCCAAGAACGUCACCAGUGGCCCUAAUUGGAGCUUCGGACAGUCGCUGUUCUUCUCAUCCACCGUCGUUACAACCAUUGGCUAUGGUCACGUGACUCCGCUGUCAAAGCCAGGCAAGCUGUUCUGCAUGGUGUACGCGCUGCUGGGCAUCCCUCUGACGCUAGUGCUGCUGUCAGCGCUGGUGGAGCGGCUGCUGCUGCCCGCCACCGCGCUACUGCGAACCCUCAACGCCGCGCUUGGCCAUCUCUACCGGCCUUUCACUAUACGACUCGUACAUCUCAUGAUUAUCGUAACCACUUUCGUGGUGUUCUUCAUCCUGGUGCCGGCGGCGAUCUUUGCGAGCUUGGAGCCGGAGUGGGACUUCCUGGACUCGCUGUACUACUGCUUCAUCUCCCUCACGACCAUCGGCCUCGGCGACUACAUCCCCGGCGACUCACCUGAACAGCCCUACCGUCCUCUCUACAAGGUCGCUACAACACUGUACCUUAUCACCGGGUUGACGUUCCUGAUGCUGACGCUAACGGUCUUCUACGACAUCCCGCAACUGAACUUGAGCACGGUCUUCUCCUCGAUGAAGUUGGACGAGGAUCCGGAGAAGAUGAGGCUGAGCGGCUCCGCUGGUCCCGGGUACGGAAUGGGCGGGCUGGUGAUGCGCGACCACUACGACCAGCGCCGCUCCGUCGUCCACAUCCGACCUCAUCAGGAUGACAGUCCUAGCCCUGAGGACACCACGCCUGUGCACGCCAGGGACAUUCGCCUCCAAUAAAUUAAAAAAAAAACUUUUGUCUAUACCUACAUCAUUU